CGUAGCGGCCUCCUUCUCUCUCUUGAUUUGAGCCCCAGGCGCAACCUCGAGAUUUGAAAAUCAAUAAAUGGGGUACAUUGUUGUGGGCACAUGAUGAGAGCCGAGGGGAGUUGGGAGUCAUGUCAAAACACAGCGUAAAAUACAAUAUAUCGUUUUUAAAUUGACAAAUAUAAUAUAUUAUAGGAGCGCGGUUAUAAAUGGUUUGAAUUAUAAAUAUGUGGCUCAGCAGUCGAAGAAAGCUAGCAAUAUUAGCUGCGUUAUCAGAGUUUUUCAUCCACGCAGAAGCAAAAUACUGUGCCUUUGAAAUACACGGCGAGCCAAAAUACUAUGUGUGUCCCAGAACUGAAUACUGCUGCAAUUUUGGAUGCUGUGUAUCCCCAGGUUUCCAAAUCUAUCAUCUUUGGUAUUAUUGGCUUUUGGUCAUAAUUAUGUUUUUGGUAUGCUCCGGAGGUGGAUGGUGGUACCGCUACUGGUUGCAAGGAAGAUACAGGCCGUCAACGUCGACGCUUCCACUGAGAACGCCAAGUUCAAGGGCUCAGAACGCACCGAGGGGACCCACAUGCCGCGCGCAGCAGGCCAGAGUAACUUACAAUCCAGCUCGCAAUACCGUCCUAUUACACCGUAUGUGGAAAGGUCCCCAAAGAAAUGCAACACCUCCAGCUUACAACGGCGCAGCAGCGAGCUCGGCUCAGUUUCAAAAUACAAACGUUGUGUUGAACGAGAACAACUGCCCGUACUACGAACUGUAUGGCCCUCCACCUAGCUACGAGACUGUGAUCGCUCAAACUCGGGGUAAAGUAACGAGCCCCUCUACGGCAAUGGAGAACCCAAGACCAAACGUGCAAAGCUCUAAUAUGCAAAACCAGAAUGCGAUGCAUUGUUUUUCACAUAAUUAUAGCAGCCUGCCAACAAGAGCGCAUCUCGACAACAAUGUUGUUGAGCGACGAAAUAGUUGCGGCUCGAAUAUAGAAGAGGGGGACAAUUACGUAGAGAGCUUUAGCUACAAGAAAUUUGUACAGAAAUAUGAUGCCCAGCAGUCGCUAAGGCGAGGAGGUACGAAUUUGCCCGUUGAAAGCUAUUCGAAUCAGGAAAGUACGACCUGCAGAACGAGGCUCCAAAAUAUUCCAAACAAAAUGCUGCCCUUCUACGUAGCAGAAAGCAUGCAACAGUUGCACGACGGAGAAGUCAAAUCUAGUCAAAAUAAUUGCGUCACUAACAGUUCCUCGCAAAAUAAUUAUUCCGAAGCCUGCACCAGCAGUCAGUUUGGACAAGUUACUGCGAUUAGUCAGGGAAUUAGAAAUAUACGAUCGAUUCAAGAUUCCGAAGCGAUCGAUGAAAUGGACAAUCCAAAAUUGAAGAGACUGGGAAUGGAAGAAAUUGAAACUGAAAAGUCCAGCGAUGAAAAUCACAUGAGACUCGAAUCGCAUGUCUCUAGAAUCCCUGAAAUGCUUACGUAUUCGAAGAUUGACGCCUCAAGGGUAAAGUGUGAUCAAGGUCAAAGUAGUUCCUUGAAUCGUAGGUCCGGAGGUUUUUCUCAGUGGGGAGCAACUAGCGAAAGUUACAGAGAAACUAAUCUUGAGGAUCAUAAACGAAUGGAAAGAUUGAGUUACAUGAAAAUUGAUAUUGACCGCGCAAAAUCAACAACUAAUUCAAAGAGUAAGAACUUUUUCUCCGACUGUGAAGAAUGUGAGGCACAAAAUGGCGGAAGUACUUUUCACCUAAAUCCAUCCAACAAUGUGAUAUUACCUUCUCCUAAUCCUAAUAUUCAAAUUAAUUCUUCACCUCCGAUAAAUGUUAUCGAAAACUAUCAACACUACCCUCCAACGUCGUUGUCGCCACCUGCACAAAGGUCAAACACGAGCACAAAUUUUGAAAGUGAAAACAAAUUAGGCAGAUCAAAGUCGCUCGACUAAGCGUUACAUAUAUGUAUAUAUA